AUGUCUAUAUCAAAAAUCCGUGUGAGAUCUGCCAUAACAAAAAAUUCCAAUCCGAACAAUGAGGCAUAUAAUAUUACAAAUUCCCCGCUGUCUGGUAAACCAAAUAAAACAACUGACCGCACGACCACACCCACUCCUACUGGCAAUAUUUUACAACAUCAGGACACACCCAAAAAAAUACAAAAGCAAAAGUCAAAUUUCGCAUCUGUUGCUGCAACAAAUGCUAAGAAAAUAUUACAAAAUACCAGCAUGGCUGCCAUAGCAGCCGUUCCAAUAUUAACCGGUCAUGUAACAAACACUGCCAUGGCGAAAAUUAGCAUCCAUAAAAGUGUACUACCUCAGAACACGGGAAACACAAUGACAACCACAAGUUUGCUGAAAAUAGAACCAUUUGUUCCUAGUUUAAAUGCCACACGUCCACCUUAUAAUAACAAUACUAGUAGUAGUAAGACUAUUAGACGUUCGUAUAGCACUUUAUCUACAGCUGCCCUGAAGAAACGCAUGCACACAAAUUUCGCCAUAAAUCUGGCAGGUUCGGCAGCUUCCCAUUAUGAUGGCAGCAGUGUUGGAAAACUGACAACCUCGCCAACGCCGAAAAUGCUAAAAUUGAAAGCCGCCCAUCAAACACCCAAUGUACGCAGACGACCACCACUGCGUGGCAAUAUGAAUCGUCAACGCUCCAAAUCAACAUCUUCAUCGAACUCGGCCUCAAAUCGGCCUAAUACAUCUAUGGCAACAGUGAGCGCACUCAACAUGGUUACACCACCCAGCUGUACUACCCCCAACAGUACGAUUGUCAUACCGCAACCCAAUGGCAUUUGUCGCAUACAACGCCAUGCCAGAGACCAGGAAAAGCUACCCGAUCGCAUUAAUUAUGAUAAGCGUGGACUAACCGCAAUACCCAUAUUUGAAAAUGAGCCAAAUUUACGAUUGUUGUCGCUACAGCAUAAUCUCAUCAAUACAUUCCACAUACCCAAGGAGGAAACGCAAGAGGUGGAGCAGGUAACGAAAGUGAACGCGAACAUGGACAUUUCCAAGGAAAAUCAACAACUCCAACGCCAAUUAAAUAGCCAAUUACCAAUAAGCCAUGAUAAAUUUAGUUUGCCCAUAAAUUCACCAUCUCAUGAUUUAAAUAAUCGACCAUUGGUACAUCCAUCCUCCUCCUCCUCCCCGAUGGCACUGAACAAUGUAAGUAAUGUGUAUGGCGCUGCAAAGUUGAACUCCUCCUAUGUGGCGACACAGAAAAAUAAGCUGUUGCAACGUUCCGCCAAUUUAAACCACUUAAAUCUACAGCAACCUACCAACCAACAAUUAGCCUGCAACACUUCUAUGCGUUUUUCAAUGCGUAAGUCAAAAAGUUUUGUCAACAAUUUCCAACUACAAUAUCAACUAAAUAAACGGAACCUGAAAAAUCUCAACACGAAAGCUGUUUUCAAAAGACUGGAGAAUUUCGGUAAUUUAAAAAGUUUCGACUCGGCCUCUUCGACAGCCACCACAAGUAACACCACCACCCUUAGCACCAUCGACGCAUCUGCAAUCUCGUCUAACACCACCGACUCACCCGGUCCCGAAAACGAGGACCAUAACAUCGAUGUCGCCAGCUCCGAACUGGAAAUAAAAAACAAGCAACUGCUCAUCAGUUAUGGCAAUAUUUUCAGCAACUUGGUUUUUCUCGACUUGUAUGACAACCAAAUUGAACGCAUAUCCAAUUUGGAUGGUCUCCGCUCACUCAGCGUUUUGCUUUUGGGUAAAAAUCGCAUUUCCGACAUUUCCGGAUUGAGUUCUCUAAAAUCGACACUAAGAGUCUUAGAUCUACAUGGCAAUAAAAUAUGCUCCAUUGCCAAUAAGAUCAAUUGCCUGCGCGAGUUGAAGUCCCUGAAUUUGGCGGGCAAUCAGAUACGUCAAAUCAAUCACAACGAUUUCAUGGGUCUUGCUAAUCUCAAGGAGCUGAAUUUGAAACGAAACAAAUUAAAGCGCAUUAAUGGCUUUCAACAUCUGUGUGCCCUGGAACGGCUGUGGCUGUGUCACAACGAUCUACACAAGGUCGAUGAUAUGUCCAGUGUAGCCCAAGCACCGAAUAUCAUUGAAAUCACCAUCGAAAAUAAUCCCGUAUCGCUGGCCGGUGAUUGUGUAUCGUUUCUGGUUAGCCACCUGCCGAAGUUACAAAGCCUUAGUCAAAUGCCCAUAACGGAGCAGGUGCGCGAAGCAGCCAUGAUCUGGCGCAACAACAAAGAAUUAUGCCAGCAGAAUAAUCAGCAAGGCAAUAAGGAAGCCUUCAAUUUGAUACGGCGUGAAGAAAUUAUUUCCAAUGCCCGUACCAAUUGGGAGCUACUUAGGUCUCAACAAUUCCUACAAAAUUCCCCAUCAGCUACUACUAAUACCACCACCCCUACCAGCAGUGGCAAAUGUGUCAACAAAUUUAAAGGCCAUAAACGCAACAACAACGAACUGGAAAAAAUCAAUGAAACCAAUGAGCAAAGCUAUGAGGAAUUUAUAAAACUACCACCCAUAGAAGCAGCCACGGCUAGCGACGAUAAGUCCGUUACAAGGGAUGAACAUAAUUCGUCCGCAGCCUCCAGCUUAGGGCCCAAUGUCAAUUCGUCUUCCAGUUGUUAUACAUCUGCCGAUGAACAGGAGGCCGAAGAAGAUAAGAACCCAACAAAUCAAGCUGCAAUAUCACCGCCAAAUACACCCAUCGAUCAAAUGAACGUCGAAUCGAAGGCUAUCAAUGCUCCCACUCUAAACAUUGAAUUUCCUCUGGGCUCAUCUGACUGCCACAACAUGUCGCAGCAUCAGACUCAAAAUUCAAAUCAAACAUCCUUAAUAAAUGCAAAUCCAUCUUCAAAUACUCCAAUGUCAUUGAUGGCCACUACAACGUCAGUGACCAAGCCAAAGCCGUCUGCAGCCGCAACUUCUGUGGGCAAACGUCAUAUACCUGUGCCUUUAAUGAGAUCACAGACAAUUGUGGGUACUGGUGGCUUCAAUGGAGGAUGUGCGAUUAAAGCAAAUGCCAAUAUGAGCAACAGCAACAAUAAACCCCAAGUCAACAUUACCACCACAAUUUUGACCACCAAUAACAACAACAGCUGCAACAUUUUACGCUUUCAAUCGGCCAAACUGAAUACGACUAAUGCAAGCAAUCAGCAACAGGCAGCCGCAGCAGCAGCAACUGUUCCCCAGCAACAUGUAACUUCACCACACCACAUAAUGCCAUCAACAUCCGUAAAUGAGGAUGCCAGUCCAGCUAGUAGCUGCAAUUCAACAGCAGCAUCAUCAUCAACAACAACAAUGAAUGUCAACAAGCUAAGCCCGAUGACUACAACAGCAACAGUAUAUCCGGCAUGCACAAAUCCCAAUUCCAAUGGCGUAACAGCAACAUCAUCGAAAGUCACUGCCAUUGAACGUGAACGUGAGCAGGGCGGUGAUUAUUUGAUUGAGAUUUGUGGUCGUUAUCUAAACAUUUAUGGCCAGGGUGCUUUGCGUUUUAUCGACAAACUGUGGAAUCCCACAAAAGCCAAUGAUGUUCAUACCUUAAAUUUUAGCUACAUCAAUUUCAAUAACAUCACAGCCAUAUUGUCACGCGUAAAAGUCCGUUUCCCGCAUGCCGAACAUUUCGUUUUCCGUGAAACGAACAUCCAUUGUCUGGGCCAAUUAAAUGCUCUGGCCGAACUGCAGGGCCUUACCUCGCUCAAUAUCGAUCCGGAGGGCAAUCCGCUGACCAACAAAGUACUGUGGCGCCAAUAUGCCAUUUAUCGCCUAUCCCAUUGGGGUCUUAAAACGUUAAAUGGUCUCGAAGUAACAACGGAAGAUGUUGACCAGGCCAACAUCAUUUAUGCCGGUCUUUCCGAUUUGAUACUCUGGUCAAUGCCCGAUGCAAUGCUGCAUCCCUUGCUGGCACGUUUACGUUUGGAUGAGUCGUGUUCGGCUAGUAAAAUGCUGCCCAAGCAAUGGCUACUGAAACCGGACAACCGGUCUUUACGUUUAGUGGUUGGCAAGGAGGCACUGCAAUGGAAAAAGUCAAUUCAUGCCAACCCCCACCACCACCAUCACCCGCAACAGCCAGAGCCACAUAUCCUUCCCACACCCCAACAGGUGAGCUCAUUAUCUACGCCAGGUAACGUGGUGGCUGGCGCAUCGUCAUCUAUGGCAACAUUAACACAACGGGAACGUGGUAAAAUCCAUUUCACCAUUAUUAUGGAAAAUACUUGUCAUGCCGUAGAGAAACUACACAAAUUGGAACAGCUAUGGCCCAUGAUGCUGUUGAAUAUUGUACGCACCACCCUAUUAGACUAUUCACAAUUGGACGUGUAUAUACGUGAUCUAAUGGCCGAAAUAAUGAAGUGA